UCCCCGCUUGAUGGCGCCACUGCAGGUUGAGGCUGUCAAACACGUCAACAAUCCGGAGAAAAUUUUGGAAAUCAUAAAAAUUAGUGAUUUUUAGCUGAUUCUGUAGUGGAAACUUUCUAGGAUGGUGACCCUCAAGGAGAGGCAGAUAUGUGCUAUCAAGCAAAUGCUGAACCUGAAUCAGCCACAGACUAAGACAGUGGCCGCUGAACCAGUGUGGAAGAUCCUCAUUUAUGACAGAGUUGGCCAGGACAUCAUCUCGCCACUGAUAUCAAUCCGGGAGCUGAGAGAGCUGGGAGUGACGUUGCAUGUGCAAUUGCACUCUGCUAGGGACAGUAUUCCAGAUGUGCCAGCAAUCUAUUUCUGCGCUCCUACCGAUGAGAAUCUCGGGAGGAUUUGCCAGGAUUUCCAAAAUGGGCUGUACGAUGUGUACCAUCUCAAUUUCAUCUCGCCCAUCUCUCGGCAGAAACUCGAGGAUCUGGCCUCAGCAGCUCUCCAGGCAAAUUGCGUUGCCAACAUUCACAGGGUCUACGAUCAGUAUGUGAACUUCAUCACCCUGGAGGAUGAUAUGUUCGUCCUGAAGCAUCAGAACAGUGACAAUCUUUCUUACUACGCUAUCAAUCGAGCCAACACACAGGACGUUGAGAUGGAAGGGAUAAUGGACAGCAUUGUGGACAGUUUGUUCUCGGUUUUUGUAACGCUGGGAAAUGUUCCCAUCAUCAGGUGUCCCAAGAACACUGCCGCCGAAAUGGUGGCCAGGAAGCUGGAAAAGAAGCUGAGGGAGAACCUCUGGGAUGCUAGAAAUAAUCUCUUCCACUUGGACGCCUCGCAGGCCGGUGCGUUCAGCUUCCAGAGGCCUCUUCUGAUUAUUCUGGAUAGAAAUGUAGACAUGGCGACGCCUUUGCAUCACACAUGGACAUACCAAGCUCUAGCUCAUGAUGUUCUUGAGCUGGCACUCAAUCGAGUUGUUGUGGAGGACGAUGAGAAGCCAGUUGGCGGUGCUAGGCCCAAAGGGCGCUCCUGUGAUCUCGAUAGUCGAGAUAGGUUUUGGGUUUCGCACAAGGGAUCACCGUUUCCAACGGUUGCAGAAGCGAUUCAAGAGGAAUUGGAACAGUAUCGUAAUUCUGAGGAUGAAAUCAAGAAGCUAAAAUCAACAAUGGGAAUUGAUGCUGAAAGUGAAGUUGCCUUCUCGAUGGUCAAUGACAACACAGCUCGUCUGACGAGUGCUGUGAAUUCCUUGCCGCAACUCAUGGAGUUGAAGCGUCUGAUUGAUAUGCACACAAAAAUCGCCACGGCCAUUUUGAAUUGUAUCAAGGCUCGUAGGCUAGAUUCCUUCUUUGAGCUAGAGGAGAAGAUUAUGUCUAAGGCAGCUCUCGAUCGUAGUCUCACUGAAAUUCUUUCAGAGGCGGAGUUUGGAACGCCAGAAGACAAGAUGCGCCUAUUUAUUAUCCAUUACAUAUGCAAUGGAAUUUCUGAUGCUGAAUACCAACGUCUAGAGACGAUUCUACAGGAAGCCGGAUGUGAUCUGUCAGCCAUGCCCUAUAUUCAGCGUUGGAAGAGCAUCAUGCAGCGAUCAUCGAUGCCAGUGAAUAGUCACUAUGAAGGGGGUGGCACUAAAACAGUCUCCAUGUUCUCAAAGUUAGUUUCUCAGGGCUCUUCGUUUGUGAUGGAGGGAGUAAAGAAUCUGGUGGUGAAACGACACAAUCUCCCAGUGACUAAAAUCACAGAGCAAUUGAUGGAGUGUCGGAGUGGAGGGGAGAUUGAUGAUUAUGUUUAUUUAGAUCCGAAACUGCUGAAGGGAGGCGAAACAGCUCCGAAGAAUAGAGCUCCAUUCCAGGAUGCCAUUGUCUUCAUUGUGGGCGGUGGAAAUUACAUUGAGUACCAGAAUCUUGUGGAUUUCAUCAAGCAAAAGCAAACGUCCAACUCGACAAGGAGAAUAAUUUACGGAGCUUCAACGUUGAAUAACGCUAAACAAUUCCUCAAGCAGCUUUCCUUGCUCGGUCAGGAGAUCAAGAACACCAAUUAAAAGUUGUUUUAUCACAUUGCAGGCAUAGCAUUAUUAAAUUUUUAUUAAUUAUGAAAUAAAGCGACGGUUAUAUUUAAAUUUAAAAA